AUGUUUGACAGGUUGUCGGAGGCGAGGAUGAAGCUUUGUGGAUUAGCACGAGUGGCUAUAGGAAGAGCUUUAGGUGACCUGCGCGCCUACCAUUUCGAUGCUGAAAAGGAGAUGCUGUCGCCACCCUCGAAAAAACGUUUUUGCCCCGCUACAACGCAAGAUUCUUUGGCGCACGAGCACACGAAUGAGCCAGAGCAUGAGCAAGACGAAGACAUCGAAAGUCUGAAGUCGAUUUGA